AUGAACGUGGUGACGCCUGCUCAGCUUGAGGCCAAGAUCCGCCAGGAGAUCGGCGCCGCUCUGGUGGAAGCCGUGGAUUUGUCCGACGGAUGCGGCAGCAAAUUCAGCCUCAUGGUCGUGCAUGAAGGUUUCGAAGGCCAAUCGCUGCUGGAGCGCCAGCGUCGGGUGAAUGACUGUCUCAAGGAGGAAAUGAAGCAGAUUCACGCUUUGCAAAUGAAGACGUGGACGCCCUUGCAGUAUGAGCAGAAGACGCAGAAGAAGAUGCCGUCGAGCGACACCAGUGAGCUCUCGAGGGAGCAGUAG